AUGGUUGGAUCUUCUUCUUCUCGUAUUACUGCUACUGGCGGGUAUCUUGAUGGGUAUAGUGAUCGACGAGUGGUAGAUCAGUUUAACGAUGUUGGUGAUGAUGAUGAUGAUGAGCAGUUCUAUGCUGGAUUAGGGUUCCCUACUACUACUGCCACUGAUACUGAUACCGGGGAGGGUGGGGCUGUUUCUGAUGGGUCUAAAGUUGUUUUGGCGGGGAAGCGGGUGAUUGAAGUUGAUGAGGUUGAAGAAGUAGAGGGGUUUGGUAUACGGAAGAGGGUUAAGAUAGCUUUGCAACAGGCUGGAAUAGGCGAUGAAGAUGACGAUGAUGAGGACGACAGAGUAGGAGUGGAAGAGAUGGAUGUGGAUUCUGAUAGUGGAGUUGGAGCGGUUCUCAAAGUUCCUACAACCCUGGGGAAAGGGAACCCGCGACGAAGGUUUUAUUUCGAAGAUGCAUACUCUUCCGGGGAGGAGGAGGGGGAGUCUGGCGGAGAAGAGUCCGAGGAAGAGCCCACGGCAUUACUUACAGUGCGUCAGCAUAAAGAAGCUGCGAAUACUAUUCGACGGUUGAAACAUGCGGCACUAAAGGAUCCUACGAUUGUAGCCCCGGAGAAGAAAUCACGUGGGAAGACAUUAGCCCCUGUUAAUGAACCUUACCGUGAACUACUCAAUGAAGCUAUUAGAGACGCUAGAACACGGACGGUGUACCCUGAUGAACAUUUCCCCGCGUCAGAGGUAUGUGGGGUGCCCUGGAGUUCUGGGGAGAAAGAAAGGUUCUUCAGGGCAUUGCCGAGGGUGGGAAGAUAUAAUGCUGUUGGGUUGGCGGAGGAAGUUAGAAGUAAGAGUGUGAUUGAAGUACAGGGGUAUUUGGAUGUUCUGAAGAAUCAGUUGGAGAGACGAUUGAUGGCGAAUCAGAGGUCGAGGUUUCAGCUUCUGCUCGGGGAGGACAUUCCGGCUGCGGUGGAGGUCGGCGAGGAGUGUGAGACGGCUUUGGAUGAAGAAGCAGAGAGGAUGAGGGGGUAUUUGGAGAAAUUGGAGGAGAAAGAGAACAAGGGGAAGUGGGAUGGUGGCGAUGCAGUGAGCUUGGAAAUGGCUCUAGAAACUGAGAGGAAGGAAGGAGAAGUAUGUGGGGAGCUUGAGGCUAAGAAGGAAAGACUUUUUGAUUUAGUAACUUGGCUGAGGCUGUCAGAGAGAAUAUUCAUGGCUUCAGUCUAUGAGGGAAAGUUGGGGAGUUCUGCGAUCCACAAACAAACACUCGAGGAUCUUGAGACCCUCGUGAUAUCAAUUACCCGGAGAGUUGUACAAGUUAUAAUCUUUCAGGCCAACUCAAGGUUGCAGAAUGCACAAACUCACCAUAAAAAAUCCCGAGAAGUUGUAUGCAAGGAUGUCCUUGCGGCAUUACAGAUGUUGGGUAUGCCUAUUAAUUCAGAAGAGUAUUGGAGACGACUGCCACGAAAGCUUGGGCUGAGGGUCAUCGGGUCCGACUCAGCUAUUGAGAAAAAGGGAAAGGGAGAAAAGCCUACGUUUUUGGAGUAUGAUGUGGUGGAAGAGAAGUUGAAGGUUUUCGAAGAUUUAGGUUUCUAUACAAAUUCGAUUAAAGGUGGAAAGGAUAGGCGACUGGACGAUGGGGAAGAGGAUGAACGAUGGGAGACGGAUGAGGAAGACGAAGUCAACUAUAAUAAAGAUGCACCGGAGGAAGAAGAAUUGAGUAAUAGCCAGGAAGACGAAGACGACGAAGACGAAGACGAAGAGCAGGAGGAAGCGACAGAAGAUGAAGAACCAAGAAACGGGAAUGGAAGAAUAACGGCAAGCGAUAUGGCGAGUUAUCUUGAUACACCGAUCCAUCUCGAGAGUUUUUUGCACGCGCCUCCGAUCAAAGCAUUGAAACCAAGGCAAAGAAAGGACAUACUCGACGAAUUACACUACAUAAAUAAGGACGAGAAGUACCUGAACGCAGUUGAUAAACUUCAUUCGAAGCUUGAAGAAAAGAGACUUUGGCGUAUCCUUGGUGGUUGGAAGGGCCGAAAAGAAAAGAUCAAGGAGGAGAUUAAAGAUUUAGAAAAGAAAAUACCUGAAGAACCAAAUUUGAGGGUAUUUAGAAGACUACAGAAAUGGAAGAGAGACGAUUGGAGGCAAGAAGCUGCAGGGCCGGUGGUUCCAAUCUGGCAGCAACGGUAUUAUAGAAAACUGUUGGACCGGGAGAGGGUUAUUAGGAUUAAGAAGAAGAAAACCCAAACCUCGGACGAGCAAGGAAAUGGAGGAGAUAAUGUGUCGGAUGAGAGUAAUACUGACUCUGAAGAUGGUUCUGGGGUUCAUGGAGAGGACAGUAUAGACGAAAGCAUGUCUUCAAGUGAGGGGGAGUACUAUUCGGAGUCGAAUUAG